AUGGCUAGUCUCAAGAAUAUCAUGAAUACCGAUGAUGAGAACGUCGAUCCACCAUCUGAAACCCGUUCCAUUGAUUUGACCUCGAGGCCAUCCCCUACUCAGAGCUAUGUCACAUCAUUAAACCGUCAAACAUCCCCCCCUCCCCAUAACAAUAGGCCUGAUCCUCCUGGAUCAUCAAAGACAUCAUCCGUUGAUCGUUCAUCCUCGCCUAAGCCCGAACCCAACAUGAACAGCCGACGCCGUAGCAACAUAAGUCUCGACUCGCAUGAGACAUCAUAUGGCUCGAGUCAACUUGCUCCAUCCUCAAACACUCCUAUGAGACCCUUCAUAGCUGGUCCAUCAAGCGCGGAGCCACAUGUCAAAUUGACUCCUAUCACCAAGAAGAUCAGCAAGGCAAAGAAAGGUGUGCCAGUCCAUACAUGCAAUCAGUGCUCCAAGACCUUCUCUAGAGCAGAACAUUUAAGACGACAUCAACUCAGUCACUCGCCUGCCGAACUUCACUGCCCCGUUCCAAACUGUAACAAGCAUUUCCAUCGGAAGGACCUCCUCGACCGUCAUGUGCAGAAACACGAUCAGGAUGGUCAAGAUGGCACAACUAGUCACCAUAGUACUACUCGAAACAGCCCAAAGGCCCCUGCUUUGCCGCGCAAGAACCACUCUCGAACACCAGUACUCAAGAUGCCUGAUAGAAACGAUCCCCGAGCAGUAGUUCAUGUGAACAAUGAUUCAGAAAUGGGCGUCCAAUGGGCAUUGGGCCUUACAUCUGGAUCAAAUCAGAGUUACAAUAUGACGUCUGGCAUAAACGGUCCCUCAGACAACUACUCAAUGGCACCAAACAACUACGUUUUAGAGCCUGCACUGCCAACGACAAACGAUGGCUUUAUUCCGAUAUAUUCUGAGCCAAGGAAUAUGUCUACACUGUCUACAAUGUCUGCUAUUGUCGAGGAUGCACCACCGGAACUACGCUGGUCUGAAAACCCAACUCUGCCUUCAUCAGCUUCGACAAGUGAAUUUUCGACUCCCCGAGAUAACAGUCGACGGUCCCAAUUCCCUGUACUGACCGCGAACGGACCUUGGAUGAGCACAACUCCAACUUACCAGACUACUUCGAGCGACAUGUCUGGCACCAGCAUGGAUAACAGCACUUAUUCUGUCACAUACCCCUAUGACAACACUCCACCACAGGCGUAUCCCCCUGUCUUUGGCGAUAUGGAUCUUCCUCUACCAGGAUACCACGAAGGAAAUGCCUACAAUACUACCAACCACAUACCGAGUUGUGCAGUUCGUAGCAUCUCCCCUUUACUGGCUGUUUCUCAAUCUGAGAAUUUAGCUGCUGUCCGGUCGCUACCAGCAUCGGGUGGUGUUUUCGGCUUGGCGGGUUGCAGCUCUGGAUCUACAGAUGGAAGCGGCCUAUUGAGCACUCAUGACCUGAAGCCCCUAUCUCUUCCUACCGCGAUUAGCGAGGCGAUUCCAAGAUACUUGGACGUCUACUGGGAGAAGGUCCACCCCGAGACCCCCAUCAUCCACAAGCACACGUUCGGCGACGUAUCUGACGAAGAGACGGACCAAGUGGAGGUGCUCCAAUGUGCAAUGGCAGCAUUGGCAACGCAAUUUAUCCCCAACGCAGACGAUCGCAUGAAGGGAGCCCAGCUUCAUGCAUACGCCUGGCAAAGGUCCAAAGUGGUGAGUUGA